AUGCUAUUCCCAUUCUCUCUCAGGGACAAGGCUACUCAAUGGUUGGAAUCAUUUCCAAGAGACAGCAUCAACAACUGGGAUGAUUUGGUAACCAAGUUCCUUGCAAAGUUCUAUCCACCACAGAGGGUUAUAAGGUUAAAGGCCGAGGUACAAACAUUCACUCAAAUGGAGACUGAACCCAUCUAUGAGGCAUGGGAGAGGUACAAGGCUCUAGUCAGAAAAUGUCCCUCUAACAUGUUUAAUGAAUGGGAGAAGUUACAAAACUUCUAUGAAGGCUUAACACUGAAGUCCCAGGAAUCUUUGGAUCACUCAGCUGGAGAAAACCUCAAAACAACUUCUGUUGAGAGACCUUCAAGCUCACUGCCUAGUGACACAAUCCCAAAUCCCAAGGAGGAAUGCAAGGCAAUACAAUUAAGGAGUGGAAGAACAUUGAUGAGCAACAAUGACACCACAAAGAAGCAAACAGAGAGCAUCAAAGAACCAACAGAGGAUGAGAAGCAAAUAAAAGCCGAUCAAGCUAAGGAGCAAGUUGUGGUGCCAAACAAAAGCACUGAGAAACUCAAAGAGCAGGACAACCAAUCACAUAGCUCAAGGGAAAUGACUCAGGGACAGCAGCAAAUAGGAAAGAGCAUCACACCUCCACUGCCAUAUCCUCAGAGAUUCAACAAAGAGGUUAAGGACCAACAUUUCCACAAAUUCCUUGAAACCUUCAAGAAGCUGGAAAUCAAUAUCCCUUUAGCUGAAGCUCUUGAACAAAUGCCUCUAUAUUCCAAGUUUUUGAAGGAGCUUAUCAACAAGAAAAGAAGAUGGGAUGAGCAAGAAACCAUAGUGAUUACUGAGGAAUGCAGGGCCUUGAUUCAAAAGGGGCUUCCUCCCAAGCUUGAGGACCCAGGGAGCUUCCUGUUGCCGUGUACCAUUGGGGAAUUAACCAUCACUAAAGCAAUGUGCGAUCUCGGAGCAAGUAUUAACUUAAUACCAUCCUCCCUGGUGAAAAAGCUGCACAUAGAGGACGUCAAACCAGUACAAAUGUCUCUCGAACUGGUAGAUAAGUCAAUGGUGCACCCUAGGGGUGUAGUUGAAAAUCUGUUGGUUAAGGUGGACAGUUUUAUAUAUCCUGCUGACUUUGUGGUUCUAGAGUCAGACGAGGAUGAUGGUGACUCUGUUAUACUAGGAAGGCCAUUCUUGGCCACUGCUAGAGCCAUCAUAGACAUAGAGAAAGGGGAGUUAACUCUCAGGAUGCAUGAUCAGAGUGUCACUCUGAAGGUCUUACCAGAGGCACAGUUUAGUGAAAAGAAGAAAGACUAUAUGGAAAUUGAUAAGAGAGGAUCACAGCUGAGGGAAGAAAAUGACAAGGAAAGUCACAGCAACACCCCAAGGCCAAGGAUUGUGCAAAUUAAUGAAGAAGCCCAAGAAGAUAUUGGAAUAUUAGCCAAUGAAAAGAGAGGUCCCCAAGAGAAGCCCAUGGCCAGAAAAGAAAGGUCAACAAAAGGAAAGAUGAAACACAGAAACAAAACAAAAAGGGGUUGGAAGAACAGGAGGAUUCCAAUAGAGGGGCUUUCCAAAGGUGACAAAGUGCAGCUGAUAUAUCAACAGCUGGGGUCAAAUCAACAAACUGAGAACUACUACACUGUCAGCAACAUACUCUCAUUAGAGCAUGCUGAAAUUGAACACCAGAGAACAAAGAAGAGGAUCACAGUCAGGGGAGACAAAUUGAGGCCCUACAAGCACCAACCACCAUAA